GGAACCUGGUUCUGAAUUCUGUUUCCUGUUUGAUCAAAAUCCGAGUUAAAUAAUCUAACAUGAAAGCGGCUGAAGGUUUCUUAUUCUUUGUUCCCCCUUUUUCUAAUAUCAUCUGACUCCCUCCUCACCCCCUCACCUUCCUCUAAUAUCAUUUACUCUCUCCCCUGAUCCCUCCCCCACCUCCAUUCCUCCAUCAUCUGCUCCAUUAAAUCUUUAUUUUCUCCUUCUCUGUCACCUGGAUUGAAUGUUUCUGCACCAAAUCCUCCAUUUCCUCUCCUCCCCCUCCCUCCUCAUCAUCACUUUAACUCCUUCUCUCUCCCCCCUGGGAAAUAAACUGCCGUCAGUUCAGUGUGGGGGAGGAGAGGCAGGAAGCCUGUAUGAUCAUGUCAAGACGGCCUGAAGACGUGCGAUAACUGUCACCAGCAUCACUGACAGAAAGUAGAGAAACCAUGCUGAUUAUGAAACUGAAAUUGUGCUGGCUUUAACCUUUUUAAUCCAAACUUAAGGUAAACGUACCUUUUUUUAAAAUCUACCAGAUUUCACAAACAGCAGAUCUAACACUGCAAACACAAAGAUCACAGAUCGCCACUCACAGACUUUUACGUUGUGUCAGGUCACAUGACCUCUGUCCUUCUUUUUUCUCCUGUUAGUCUUUGAUAUCAAACUUUUUAUGUCCUCUUUUUUUCCUUCAGCCACAGCGACUGUUUCGGGGAAAACAACAGUAACUGCCUCGGUGCUGGUGCUGUGCAAUACUGCAAAUUUUGGUAUUGAUCUGAUGGCAAGUAAUUUAAGAGCAGUAUUGCCGAUAGCAAUACUGAUACCGAUACUUUUUGCCAAUUCAGGGAGCUUAUGUAGAGGAGUGUCAUGAUUUAUGAACACCAGCACAACAGUGUUGUAUUUUAACCAUCCACACUAAUUAGUUAACAAAGUUUUCUUAUGUAUUGAUAUCGUUUGUUUGGAGACCUGGGAUGUAAAUGUGCCUGGGACUUUGCAUCUGUUGUUUGAAUGUGUUAUAGGCUUUAAAGAAUUGACAUGGUGAUAUUUUUCCAUUUAAAAAAAGAUAACAAAAUGUAUUUAACACAGUUCAGUGGGAUACAGUGAGGUUAGGUUAACUGGUGAUUCUAAAUUGCCCAUAAGUGUGAAUGAUUGGCUGUCUCUCUGUGUUAGCCCUGGCAACCUGUGCAGGCUGUGCCCCGCCUCUCUCCCCACGACAGCUGGGAUAGGCUCCAGCAUGAUGGUCAGUGUGUUGAAUAUUUGAUGGAGUCCUGAUGGGACCUGAACGAGGCGAUCCCAGAGACAGAGCUGCUGGAUAACAGCAUCCAGAAAGGCCGCGCCCAGCUGUCUGUCAAAACACGGAGACAACGCCCGUCCAGGUCCCGUUACCGAGACAGCAUUAGCUCAACGGAGGGCGACGACUGCCUCGACAGAAAGGUGGAGGACAGUCCGUUGCACUCUGCCCGCUCGCCUCUCCACCUGGCGAUGCGAGGCUCCUCCCCCUCCCCUGAUUCGCUGCUGUCAGCUAGAAGCCCUGGAUUCUCCUUCGACACGUCGCUGGUCCGUCGCUCGCCAGAGGACGGAGGCUUGUCAUUGGCUGGUCCACCUCGGGGGCGGUACCAUCAGCUGACCAAUGCAACUUCUCAAGAGGCCCUGGUUACUCCCAGCAGCUCACCAUCUAAAUCCUGUCCCUCCUCCGACUGCUCACCUGUCUACAUGAGGAGGAACAGAAGGCCCGACAGUGAAGUGUUGGUCUCUGAUACGAGUCGAGACACGAGUCCAGCUGGUCCCGGCAGUCCGACCGUCAUCUUUGACAAGAAAACCAAAAGACGCUUCCUGGACCUCGGGGUGACUCUGAGGCGUUCAUACAUCAGAGUGAGGAAAGAUAAAUCCAACAGGCUCUCUGUGGGCAGCAGAGAGCCGUCUGAGAGUCCGUCCCGUUCCUCCGGAUCCUUCAUCUCCUUCUCCUGGUUCACCGAAGGACGGGGAUCGAUCUCCUCCUCCGGUACUCCGCCCUGCUCCCCCAAAAUUCCACCGCUGAGCUCCCCGAGACCGCGCAAGUCUCACUCCCAGGAGUCGGCUCUCAGUGAGGAGUUCUCUCCUCCUCACACCUCCUCCUCCACCUCUCCUCCCAUUGACUCCUCUUCCUCCAGGUCCUCCCAUCCCUACCACACCCUGUCCCAGUCCUCCGACGAGCCCUGCGAUGAACCCCACUCGUCCUGGACGACUCAGCAGGUGUGUCAGUGGCUCCGAGGACUCAACAUGGAGCAGUACGUCCCAGAAUUCAGUGCUAGAGACAUCGACGGGCAGCAGCUGCUGCAGAUGGACGGCAGCAGACUGAAGGGUCUGGGCGUGCUCAGUUCGUCUGAUCGCAGUGCGCUGAAGCGCCGCAUCAAAGAUGUUCAAAGUGCAGCAGAGAAGGAGAAAAAAGCUCUGGACAAGCUGGAGAAACAGAAGGAAAAGCAGCGCCGGAAGGACCAGGAGCAGCGCAGGAACUGAGCCCCGCCACCAGAGGGAGGAAGAGGACAGUGAGAUGAAGAGAACAGGAUUUCUGCCGCUGGGAAGGUUUGACAUGACAAACAAUUCCUGGAAAAGCUGCAAUUCCAUGAUCCAUAAGACAUCUCCAGGCCUGGAAAAGUUAAACUGAAGUUUACUGUUAUGGAGGAAAUAUGUCAGGCGAUGACGGCACAGUGUUUCAUUUGCCACAAAGUGGUUUUCAUCUAUUUUUCCUCCAUUUGAUGUUUAAACUCAUCCUCUGUGAUCGGCUGGCAGGAACGCUGACAGAUCAUUAACUCAGCAGGUUCCCACACGCAGCUGCUCUGAUUCCCUCUGGUGAUUCUUCUUCUGCAAGCCAAACGUUAUACAAGGUGUGCUUUUUCUCCGAAAUGAGUGUCACAGCAGGUUUUCUGUUUUGUUUCUGGGCUGUGGAGUCUCAGCCCAAGGCGGCGUGUCGGUGCUGCUGUGAACAGUUUUUGUGGUUUCUCUGUUUGUUGUAGGUUCUGUGUUCAGGUGUGUGAGGUCUGACAGGUGUUUGGAUAUUUUCCACAAUCAUCUCACAGCUUGUUUUCCACCUGAAAUCUCUGACAGAAGGAAACAUUGUUGAACCUUCGCUUUACACAGGUGGAAGUGUUCGUGUCAGAGAGGGUCAAACGUCCCGACGCCGGUCAAGUCAGAUUAUUAACCUCUGGAGAUAUUUCUGACCUCUCACAGUCUCUGUUAAAAUGUUUGUUUCAAUAAAUAAAUCUGUGAAACUUUUA